AUGUCUCCAGCAAUCUCUGCUUCAUUAAUUCCAAGUUUAUCUCCUUUUAUCAUUGAACGUGAAACAAGAAAUGAUUAUCAUGCUGUCAGUCCUGAACACAGUGCUGAAAAUCAGUCACCUCAACACAUGACUGAACAUCCUAAUGACAGCCAUUGCCAUAGCCAUAAAAAAUCUGCACUGCUUUCUCUUAACAGCAGCCUCAUAUUUGACCUUUACAAGUCCAAAAAAUUGGUUCAUUGGAACCAUGGUGAUCAUGAUUGCUGCAAAUGGAAUGGAGUAACAUGUGACAAGGGACAUGUUAUAGCUCUUGAUUUGAAUGAAGAAUCAAUCUCUGGAGGAUUUGACAGUUUAAUAAGUUCAAAUAGUCUCGUGAACCUGCAAUUUCUGCAAAAUUUGAACUUGGCUUAUAAUGAGUUUCAUUCUGUGAUUCCUUCAGAGUUGCACAGACUGAAAAACUUGAGGUAUUUGAAUUUGUCAAACGCUGGGUUUAAGGGUCAGAUUCCAAUUGAGAUAUCUUACCUAACAAAGCUGGUUUUUCUUGAUUUGUCUACCCCAAUUCACACUUUAAUACUUGAGAAGCCAAGUAUAGAAAUGCUUUUGCAGAACCUCACAGAAAUCAAAGAACUAUAUCUUGAUGGGGUAAAGAUAUCAGCUAAGGGGAAGGAGUGGGGCGCUGCACUAUCUUCACUGAGGAAUCUUCAAAUUGUGAGUAUGUCAUCUUGUAAUCUCUUUGGACCUAUUGAUUCUUCACUUGCAAAGCUUCAGUCUCUCUUAGUACUUCAACUGAAUAAUAAUAAUAAUAUGGCAAGUUCGGUGCCAGAGACCUUGGUCCUUGAUAUGUCAGAUAAUCAGGAUCUUCAGGGUUCUUUACCAAACUUCCAACUUCAUAGAUCUCUCCACACAAUGAACCUUAGCCACACAAAUUUCUCAGACCUGUCAUUCAACAACUUCACUGGCUCGCUUCCAUCUUUCAAUAUGUCCAAGAACCUCACAUAUCUAUCCCUGUAUAACAAUCACUUACAGGGUGAAGUUCCAUCGUUUCUUUUCAAUGGCCUUGAAAAUCUUGCCACUGUUGAUUUAGGUGGUAAUUUUCUCAAUGGGAGAGUUCCAUUGUCACUUUUUACAUUGCCCUCAUUGCAUGAACUAAUCCUCACUAAUAAUGGAUUCAAGGGUUUUCUAGAUGAAUUUCCAAAUGCUUCUUCAUCCCCAUUAGAGAUCCUUGAUAUCAGUGGGAAUAAUUUACAAGGGCCUAUACCUGUGUCAGUCUUUCAACUCAGAAGACUCAAUUUACUGCAACUUUCCUCAAACAAGUUCAAUGGAACUGUACAUUUGGAAAUGAUGAGAAGCUUGGAAAAUCUGGCCAUACUAGAUCUUGCUCACAACAACUUGCUAGUUGAUGCAACUUUGGCGGAGCUUAAUCUGUCAUCAUUCCCCAAAUUGAACAAUGUCAUGUUGGCUUCUUGCAAGCUGAAGGAGUUUCCUAGUUUUCUCAGAAAUCUAACCAAUUUAUUGUACCUGGACUUAUCCAACAACCAAAUUCAAGGAACCAUACCGAAUUGGAUUUGGAGGUUUGAUUUCAUGUAUUUUCUUAACCUUUCCAACAAUUUUCUAACAGAUUUGGAGGGACCUUUUCAAAACAUUAGUUCCAAUUUGUUUCUUCUUGAUCUUCAUUCCAACCAACUCAAAGGCCCAGCUCCCAGUUUUCCAAAAGAAGUAAUCUAUUUGGACUACUCAAGCAAUAGAUUUAGUUCUAUUUCCCCACCAGACAUUGGUAACCACCUUCCUUUCUUAUAUUUCCUUUCCCUUUCAAACAAUAGUUUUCAAGGAAAAAUCCAUGAAUCCCUUUGUAAUGUUUCCAAUCUUCGAGUGAUUGAUCUUUCUGAUAACAAUUUUAGUGGAACUAUUCCUGAAUGUUUGAUAACAGAGAGCAGCACUCUUAGGAUGUUAAAUCUAGCUGGAAACAACCUCAAAGGUCAUAUUUUGGAUGCAUUUUCAACUUCUUGUUCUAUUCAGUUCCUAGACCUCAAUGAAAAUUUCAUAGGUGGCACAAUCCCAGAGUCUUUAGCCAAUUGCCAGAAACUACAAGUCUUGAACCUUGGAAACAAUCAAUUCACUGAUAGAUUUCCAUGUUUCCUAGGGAAAAUUCCAACUUUGAGAGUCAUGGUUCUUAGGUCAAACAGAUUUUAUGGUAGUCUUGAAUGUCCAGAUAGUACUAAGAAGUGGGAGGCACUUCAAAUUGUUGAUCUAGCCUCUAAUAACUUAAGUGGUACUCUACCUGUAGCACUCUUGCAAAGUUGGAAAGCAUUGGUGAUGCUUGAUGAUGAAGAAGGCAAUGGAUCAGAAUUUGGCCACUUGUAUUUUAACAUCUUUGAUGAUGAUGAUCUUGUGGACUUCAUGAUUACACUAGCCACUGUGAAUAAAGGUCUUGCACUCAAACUAAGCAAACUUAUUGCAUCAGAGCCACCUUUUGUGAUCAGCCACUUAUUUUCUGAAGUGAAAGCCAAUGAUUUUGGUCAUCUGAGUUACCUGGAUUCAGUUACAAUUGUCAACAAAGGAAGACAAAUGAAGUUCACUAAGAUUCUCAUAGCCUUCACUUCUUUGGAUUUCUCAUCCAACCAUUUUGAAGGGCCAAUACCAGAGGAGCUUAUGAACUUCCAAGCACUUCAUGCUCUCAACUUGUCACAAAAUGCUUUUUCAGGUCAUAUCCCUUCAUCUAUAGGGAAUCUGAAGUAUCUUGAGGCAUUAGACUUGUCAAUGAACUCUUUCAGUGCAGAGCUUGCAGGUCUAUAUUUCCUUGAAUUUCUCAAUCUCUCCUACAAUCAUCUGACAGGGCCAAUCCCAUUGGGCACUCAAAUUCAAUCAUUUGAGGCAGAUUCUUUCGAAGGUAAUUAUGAAGGCUUAUGUGGACCUCCAUUGACACAUAAUUGCAAUUUGGGUGGGGUUUCAGGAUAG